GGCAGCCCCGGCCCCGCGGCAGCCGCGGCCCCGCAGCUCCCCCCCCCCCCCGCUCUCCCCCCCCGCCGGUGCAGGCGCAGGGCGGCGGAAGCCGGGGCGGCAGACGGCGGCGGCGAGCGGGGCGGCGGGCAGCGCCAUGCGGGCUGCCGCCUGCCUCCUCUCCCUGGCGCUCUGCGCCCUGCCCGCUGCCCCAGGAGGCGCCGGGCCGGCAGCGGGGCGGCGGGGCGAGAGCCGCUUCGCGGAGCGACAGAGCAUCAGGCCGCUGCGGCUGGUCUCCGGCGGCGGCGGCGGCGGCGGGGGGCGGCGGCCGGCCCUGAGCACGCGGGUGCGGAGCGGCGCGGCGCGGACACAGUCUACCCACAUUGCUCGAGCCAGCUUCCAGGUUGAUGCUUUUGGAUCAUCUUUCAUCCUAGAUGUGGCACUAAACCAUGACCUGCUGUCUUCUGAGUAUCUUGAGAGGCAUAUCGAGCAAGGUGGGAAAACAGUGGAAGUUAAAGGAGGAGAACAUUGCUAUUAUCAGGGAGAAAUUCGAGGAAAUCCUGUAUCAUUUGUUGCCUUGUCAACAUGCCAUGGAUUACAUGGGAUGUUCUAUGAUGGAAAUCAUACCUACCUUAUUGAGCCAGAUGAAAAUUACACUUCAGAUGAUGACUUCCAUUUCCAUUCUGUUUACAAAACCAAGUUGUUUGAGUUUCCUUCGGAUGACCUGCCACCAUCUGACUUCUGGCAAAUGAAUACUACAUCGCAGAAGUUUGUUGUAAAGCCAAGACACAAAAGAAGUAAAAGGCAGGUUCGCCAGAUUCCACGUAAGGUUGAAGAGGAAACAAAAUACAUUGAAUUAAUGAUUGUAAAUGAUCAUCUAAUGUGUAAAAAGCACCGCUUGUCAGUCGGCCAUACAAACAGCUAUGCUAAAUCGGUGGUGAACAUGGCAGAUUUAAUAUAUAAAGAACAACUUAACACGAGGAUAGUAUUGGUUGCCAUGGAAACCUGGGCUACUGAUAACAAGUUCACCAUAUCUGAAAACCCCUUGGUGACCCUACGUGAGUUUAUGAAAUAUAGGAGGGAUUUUAUCAGAGAGAAAAGUGACGCAGUUCACCUUUUUUCGGGGAGUCGAUUUCAGAGCAGUCGGAGUGGUGUAGCCCACACUGGUGGAAUCUGCUCAUUGCUUAAAGGCGGAGGUGUGAAUGAGUUUGGAAAGCCAGACUUAAUGGCUGUUACUCUGGCACAGACCUUGGCCCAAAACAUUGGCAUUUUCUCAGACAGAAGAAAACUUAUAAGUGGUGAGUGUAAGUGUGAGGACACGUGGUCUGGAUGCAUAAUGGGAGACACAGGGUAUUAUCUUCCAAGCAAGUUCUCCAAAUGUGAUAUUGAAGAGUAUCAUGAAUUUUUAAACAAUGGAGGCGGAGCCUGCCUUUUCAAUAAACCAACCAAACUUCUGGAUCCUCCAGAAUGUGGCAAUGGCUUUGUGGAAGAUGGAGAAGAGUGUGACUGUGGGACGAUAGCGGAGUGUGCCAGCGAAGGAGGAGAGUGCUGCAAUACGUGCACCCUGACGGCAGGUUCCCAGUGCAGCAAUGGGCUUUGCUGUCGGAAGUGCCGGUUUGAACCUAAAGGAGUUUUGUGCCGAGAAGCAGUGAAUGAUUGUGAUAUUGCAGAGAACUGCACAGGAAAUUCCAGUCAGUGUUCUCCCAAUAUUCAUAAAAUGGAUGGAUAUUCCUGUGAUAACAAGCAGGGUAUUUGUUUUGGAGGAAGAUGUAAAACCAGGGACCGGCAGUGUAAAUAUAUCUGGGGUGAAAAAGUGACAGCUGCUGACAGGUACUGCUAUGAGAAGCUGAAUAUUGAAGGGACUGAGAAAGGAAACUGUGGAAGAGACAAGGACUCUUGGAUACAGUGCAAUAAACAGGACGUUCUUUGUGGAUACCUUCUGUGCUCCAAUAUAUCCAGUGUGCCCAGACUUGGAGAACUUGAUGGUGAAAUCACAUCAUCAAUCUUGCAAUUUGGAAAAGUCUACAAUUGCAGUGGCGGCCACGUGAAGCUCGAUGAGGAGACAGACCUGGGCUAUGUGGAGAACGGGACGCCAUGUGGGCCAAACAUGGUGUGCCUUGAGCAUCGCUGCCUUCCCACCGAGGCCUUCAACUUCAGUACCUGUCCAGGCACCACAGACAGCCAAAUUUGUUCAGGACAUGGUGUUUGUAGCAAUGAAAUAAAGUGUGUCUGCGACCGGUUCUGGGGAGGAGAUGACUGCAGUUUUCGUAUCAAAGACGAUAUAUUUUUUGAUAAAGAUGCCAUCAAUAAAGGUGUUGUUAGCACAAAUAUAAUAAUAGGGGCUAUUGCUGGCACCAUUUUAGUGUUGGCUCUCGUUUUAGGAAUUACUGGUUGGGGUUACAAAAACUACAGAAGACAGAGACAAAUGCCCCAGGGAGAUUAUGUAAAAAAGCCUGGAGAGGCCGACUCUUUUUAUAGCGACAUGCCUCCUGGAGUCAGCACAAACUCUGCAUCUAGUUCUAAGAAGAGGUCUGCUUUUCUGUCGCAUUUUCAGAUUUCUACCUGUUCCAUCACCCAUUAUUCCAUUAGUCAGAACAUUUCAUUGUUUUGCAGCAGGUCAAAUGGACUAUCUCAUUCCUGGAGUGAAAGGAUCCCAGACACAAAACAUAUUUCAGACAUUUGUGAAAAUGGGAGGCCUAGGAGUAAUUCUUGGCAAGGUAAUAUAGGAGGAAACAGAAAGAAAGUCAGAGGCAAAAGAUUUAGGCCACGGUCUAAUUCAACUGAGUAUUUAAACCCAUGGUUCAAAAGAGAAUAUAAUGUAGCUAAGUGGGUAGAAGAUGUGAAUAAAAACACUGAAGGACCAUACUUUAGGACACUGUCUCCUGCAAAGUCUCCGUCUUCGUCUACUGGAUCUAUUGCUUCCAGCAGAAAAUACCCUUACCCGAUGCCACCACUUCCUGACGAGGAGAAAAAAGCCAACAGGCAAAGUGCCAGGCUAUGGGAGACGUCCAUUUAGCUGCACUGCUUUCCUGGGUGACAUCCGAACUGUUUACUUCGAAUUUUAUAGAAACUCAGCGUCACUGAGUCAUUGCACAUUCAUCUGCUCUUCAGACAAUUCAAAAGAUCAACAGAGACGCCUGUGAUCACAGUGAGAACCUCCUCUCAUCUGGAAGGGGAAAAAGCAGUCUUUUUUUUUCUUUCUCUUUUGUUGACUAGUAUUUUAUGGAUUUGUUGAACAACCAAAAUCCUAACGAUUAAUGGGAUGAUUAGCCCGGACGUGACAAGGCUAUUACGCAUGACGACAGAUACACUUACCUAGAAUCCCAACUGCAGUCUGUUUGCCAGUCCUGCGUAAGAGAGGUCUUUCUCUGGCUUAAUGCAGUCCUGAGUCAGACCAGAGUGAAACUGGGAACACGCCUCCUGGAGGGCCCAGACGAUGUAAACUUGUACGCUGUAUGCAUGAACCUUGUGUUCUGUACUUUCCACAUGUAAGGGAUAAACAGCAUACUGUAGUAGAAAUUAGCAUGCAGGAGUAAGAAAUAUAGGGUUUUUUUUGUUACAGGAUUUCAAGCUUUGAAAGGCAACUAUUUGACACAAAUGUCAAACAAGGAUUAUCUUUUUUUUUUACCUUAUAUGUUUAUAAUCUCAGUAUACAGAUUGUAUAUAUGUAAACAUUUGAUAAUGUCAGAAAUAGCUGUUAUACAUAAGUGUAUUUUGCCAAAUGUCUAAAGAAACAGUCAUGACUAACAUCAUCACACUACAGAUUUUCUAAUAUUACGAGCAGACAACUUUGGAAAUACAGAAAGUACAGUACUGUAAAACCGUGUCUCUCAGAAACUGGUGUUUGACCAAAAUCUGUACUAUCUUUUCAGUAUCUUAUACUGUCUUGACAAUCUCAGUUGUAUGGUGGACUGCAGAAACCAGUACAGCAGCACUUUGUCUUAAAUCAUCAUGAGAGGAACCAGCCAAAAUCCAUUGUUCAGUGAGAUGACCAGUGUAUCCUCUCACAGGUGUAAUCAAGAGUGAUUUGGCAGACAACAGAGACAGAGUCUUUAAGUAAUGUGCAGUCCAAACUUACUGGACAUUUGGGAAUACUUCUAAGUAGUCAAUUCAGGAUGUGGUGAUGCGAAGUCCUUCUGGCAAGCGUUGGUGUGUAUUUUUGAUACAGCAUUUCAGACACUGUUUUAGAUGGCAAGGUGUAGCUUAUGAGAACCGUAACAUUUCUCUGAACGAGAUAAUAACAGUGCUGGGCAAGUGGCCAGUUUCAUUGCUGUCUUAUAAUUUUUAUUUGUUACUGGAAUAGUCUUUACCAUGUGCUUAAAUGCUAUGCUUGCUGCCCCUGAAGCCCCCUUGGCAAUUUUUGGGGGCAUUAAACUGAGUAGCCUAAAAAAACAGGGUGGGGAGGAACAAACCCUUUACCAUGGAGAUGUUAAUCUUCUGUAUAAGUAGAUGGAUGGAACACCUGAGACUUCUAAAGGUUGUUGCAAAACAAAUGUCUCUUGAUUGAGAAUUUUCAAUCAGAAAGAAACUGGACCAUGUUAAAUCAGUUUGUAAUUCUCCAGCUUUCCAAAAUUGACUAAUUCUUAGAUUUAGGUAGUACCAUUGCAGAAGAAAACACCCUAUUCUGUGUGGUGCAAUUGAAUACCUUGCCCAACAGCCGUACGAUCAAUUAGAUAUUAUUGUGAUGGGAACAUCUGCGGUGUUUCUGACUCUUCUACCUCUUUCAUGUAUUUCCUUUAAUAAGUGAACCCAACACUUGCAGCCUUUUAGUAUAUUUUUUUAACUUUUAAGUCAAUGAAGUCAAAUAUAUGUAAAAUUAAAUUAAGAAAUGUUUAAAGAUGUCUGCAACUGUAAAGUAUGUAAGAUUUUUAGAAACACUAUUUUUUAUGAUUAGGCUGUGUGUUGCAUUAUGGCAAAGUAUUGGCCUUGGAGUUGAAAUGAUUUUCCUUCACAGUCAACAGCGUCUGGUAAGUAUUUUGGAGAAAGACAAAUCUGAGUGAGUACAAGUGGAUGCAAACAGACCAUCAGGAAGGAGCGAGUCACUUGUCAUUGCAUUAAGAAAAGAUUCUGCACUUUGUGGAGAGUAAAUAUCCAUCAGCACUGAAGACUAUUUUUUGCAAAGAUUUACUUUGAGUGUAGGUAACUGGAUUAAAGAUCACUGGUAGCAUAUAGCUCAUGAAAUUAGGGCCUGAGCCAUAAUCACUUGACAUGGGUAUAUCUCUUACUGAUUUCACUGGACUUUGAGCAGGACCCUCAAGUUCACCCACAUUAGACGUUAUGCUGACCUGAUAGCCUCUGUGUUACUCUGUCACCUGGAAGCUGGUUUUCCCUCACAUACUGGUAUCUUGUCUUUAGUAACUGGACUGUUCAUUUUGUGCCUUUUAUGGUAUUUUGUUUGGAUACAAAUUGGCAUGUAAUUUUGAAUAAUCCUGUUAAGAUUUCUGUGCAUAUUUUAUGUUUACCACUGUUUACUCUUCCCUUUCCAUUUUGCCUUACCAAGAAGCAGCAAGAUUUGGCAGACUGAACUGGAUAUAACAUACUGGCUUUUUGUGUAAUGUUCAUAGCUUCUCAUUUUGCAAACAAAUGGCUCUCCUGACUGUAUUUUCAGUGUAGUACGUACUUUCAACUUCUCUCGUUUUGGUAUAAAUCAUUUGUAGCAUAUGAUGAUGAUACAGUUACGUGUGGAGUAUAACUUCAACAGUCCCUUUCGCAUUUGGAGAUACGUAGUAACUGGAAGUCGUAGUUACGAGCACUAAGUUUACGUUAAAUAAACAUUGACUUUCACUUUUGAUGGUCUAGAGUGAGAACAUCACGGGACUUGGGUUUUUGCAAAAUUCUUCUGCAGAGAAUUUUGCAUCAGAUUGGUAACUUGGAGACCUUGUCAUUGCACAAAACCUGAACUAGUGGGGCUGUGUGAGCCUCCAAAGCCAGUGGAGGGAAAGAGAGAAGUUGUUGCUUACAUUCUGUGGUUUUCUACUUCUAAAAUGUUGUGUGUUGGAAAGCUGCCAGAUUAAUAACCUUGAAGAUUUGCAAAUAUUUUCAUCCGGCAAUAGAAAUAUAAAUCGCCGCAUAAUACCUCAUCCAGUCUAAAAUAGAGUACUUGUAUUGUCAGUAGGAUAGCUCAGUCAUUUUUACUCUUUGAGACUCAUGCUUUUGUUUUUGUUUUAAUAAAUAAACUAGUUAUUGCCAGCUAUGCUGUAGAUGCCUGUUGAGUGGGGAGGUUAUCAGCAAUUCUCAAUACAUUACAAGUAAUUGUCCAUAUGAGCAUAGGACCUGCAGGAUGAAGGUUAUGUAUUUCAAUGUGUGGGAGAAGAAUCUUACAUAAUGUAAAAUAAAAUUAAUAUAACUAAUGAUGGAGACUGAAAAAUAUGACUGAUGGAGACUGGAAAAUAGAGAGCGUAUCCAAAGAAUACUGCUGCACAAUGAUUCCGUAGUAUAACAAGUAAAAAGUUACCUGCUCAUUCUGAAUUUGUUGACAUAAGAACUUCAGUAAUCCAUACGAUAGACUUUUGGUGAAUAUAUUCAGGCAGUUUACCAGAAACGGUUGUGAUUGAUUGAUAAUUUACAUAUAAUUUUGUUAUAUUUAAAUGAGUAGUUUUGAAGAGGUUGUUCAUUUUAUACAGCCUAUCUCUGCUUAAGUUGUGAAUGUCACUACUUGCCGGUUACCUGAUUUGAAGUGUGACUUGACUUUGAAGAUAGCUACUUCCAAAUAACUUAAAGAGUUUUGUUGCUGAUUUAUGAGCUGUUGAACCUGCUAAGCUGAUGUACUCAUUAGGUAAUUUUGAUUGUGCUAGUGAACAAAUGGACCUUUGGGUUAUAGCCUGAAUUAAAAUCAAAAAGAAAUUGUGUCAACAGCUAGUGUACUGAGAUCCUUUUACCUGAAUCCCUGUUGCUGGUUUUAAAUGAACUGAGUGGCUUGUCCACACCAGAGUGACAACUGUUUUAAAAACCAGGGCUAAGAACAGGUACAUACACUAUUACAGGCAUGCAUAUACUACAGAAUUGUGACCAAAUUUGCAGUUAUUUCAUUGCUUAAUGAGUAGGGUAGGAUUUAACAUGCAACAAUGAUGAGACACUGUAAUCCUAGGGGAUAACAAGUUAGCUUUUAGGACUUGCUCUGUCAUUGAAUACCAUACCUAGCUGUUGUAAGCAAACUUACCAAACUCCAAUGUAAAACUCACCAAGCUCCUGUUCUCUUCCUUUCCACGCCUACUGAAAAGCAUUUCCAUGAAUGAUCAUUACAUCCACUAACAGUCUCUUGUGUCGGUUGGCUAAGAUCAAAAAGCUGCUGAGUCGCCUUUCCACACAAUGUUUUGGAUAAGGGUUUUUCAGUGCUGUUAAUACAUCUUUUGCCUUGCUACAGUGAUGGAGCCUCAUGUCUCAUGUGCAAUUUACACUGGUAAAACCAUUUGGUGGCUCAGCCAUCCUGUGUCUUUCUCACCCUCUAGCACUGUUGAAGGCUAAGCCUCUUCGAUCACUGAGUCUGUGAGUCUAAAAGUUGUGCUGUGUCCUAAUUCUCUUGCUCCAAGUCUGAAGGUCAUCCAUGUCUUUAAGUUACUUAAGUAUCUGUAUCAUUAGCAGACUCUUUGGGCCACUGUCACCAACCACAGGGUGAGGUUAUUUACCUAACUUUUAAAGAGCUUGAGCGCUCUGGUCUCUGAAGCCAAGUUCUGUCCAAAAUGGAUUAUCCAUCAGACUGCUGAGCUGAUGACCCCAGUAUGAGACAUCAGCAAUAUGGGAUUUGACUUUGAUCAUAUUUCCUGAGGACAAAUAUGAGUGAACUGCACACAUAUGUACAGCUUGUUAUCCCAUGGACUGCAUGGUGGGGUAACAUCCCUGUGUGCAUGUAACUGUUACCCUAAUAGAACAGGAAGAAAGGAACCAGUGAAACUGGUUCCUGUGUAGACAUAGUUGCGAUAGAGAUAGGACUCUUAAGUGUGAUUUCAACAGGAAAUUAAGUAAUACCACCUAUCAUCUACACUAAAAAGCUCCUUUGACCCAAAUAUUUUCCAACUCAGCUUACAAAUAACAUUUUGGUGCCUCAAGUAUGGAUGCUAAUAUAAAACUAAAGCUUUGGAAACAGUAGCUUGUACACCCAGCAGGUGGUAUCUUGUCAUUCCACAAGUUUUCUGCAACUAUUUAGAGAAGCACUACAACAGUCAACAUUAAUAUUUCAUCUUAGCCAAGUAACCAAAACAAGCAGUAAAAAUACAUUCAGAAGACAGACAUGGUUGUUUGCUCACACUUAAACUUUGCAUCUGACUCCAAAACUGGCUCCCCUAGCCAGGUCUAGUUGUCUAAAAAUCCAAUCUAUACCAGUUUCAAAAUCACUUUAGCUAAGCCAGCUUUAAACUGUUUAAAAACUUCUGCUAUGUAGACAGGCCACAAUUGCAGUAUAACUCAGAAUGAGAUGAGGAAGAUUGGGAAAAGUAAGCACAGAGCAGUUAAAAAGAAACACAUUCUCUAAGGGAGAAGUAUACAUGUCUUACACUAUUUUUAAUUACUAGAGCAUAAAAUGUCAAAGCAACAAGCUAUUUUUUUUCUGUUUCUGUAUUCCUCUGAAUAAAAAAAAAUGAAGUUUUGGUUAAAAAGAAAUCUUAACAUGAGGCCUUAAGACCUUAUAUAUUCUAACUUUAGCAUGGAGAGUCUAUUUUUACAACCACAUUAGAAAUUCUGUAUAUAGGCCUGACUGACCUUGUAAGUAUAGUGGUGCUAGCAGCUAAUCAUGCAAUAUUGUAAGGCUCUGUAUAACAGUAAAAGCUGAUUUAUUUUGAUUAUUGGUACAAGGACUCCUGCUCACUGCCUGUGUAGAGACUCUGCAUAUUUUAUGCUUGGAAGUACAGUCCAGAACAUAUUCAAACUCUGAAUAUAUAACCUGAUUUUUCAUUUCUUAAGGGUAAAGAUAUAUUACAAUAGGUAGUGUUUUAUAUAGAAUACAGUACUUAUUUUUAUUGUUGCAUAAAUGCAAAAUAUUUUUUUCAGAAUAGCAAAGCAUUACAUAAUUUUUAAUCUGCUGGAGAAAACACUAUUUACAGGAUGACCAGUUGUUUCAGCAAAGCUUUUGGGGUGGUAUAUACCAGUUGGCUCUGCCAGCUUCAUUUUGUGCUAAUGUUUAUCUUGAGCAUUGCUGUAAAAAAAAGCUAUUUUUUCACGCAUACCAGCCCUUUUUGGUAGAAUAUUUCGAGAGGCAAGGAGAAGCGUGUUUCACCACAGGGGCUGGGCUAGUAUUAGCAGAAACAACGGAUCUACACCAUAUUGUUGUCUUUGCUAGUUAAAAUCCUUUAAAGAUCAUACCUGAUGUAAUAGAAACAUAAGAUUUUGACAAACACCAAAAUGAAGCAUUGCAAUUUACAACUUCUAGCUUUGAGUGUGAUAUUUUUGUCAUAUACAUUACAGGCAUUGGGCUGUUGAAGGGAAUGAAUCUGGCUUUCAUGUAGCUAAAAAAAAAUGUUGCUUUUUAUAAAAUCAAACCAUUGUAAUUUGGGGUUCUAAAUUCCUGCUCACUUUUAAUAACAGCAUCACAGUAUCCACUUCUAUGAGAGUAUUUACUACAAAUGCCUGUGGUUUUCAAUGUUACUAACAUAUUGUAACAUCAGUAAAGUGACUUUCAAUGACAA